UCUCAAUGUGAACUUGGACCGGUUUGCUCAGUCAGAUCAUCCGAAUGGAGGGCCAGGUUCGUAAGCCGAUAGAGGAUGCAGUGCGAUGAGAAUAACAUGGUUCCAGUGUUGUGCGAUUUGGACCUUUUGUUGCACCAAUACGCAGCCCUGUUCAAGCCAUCUCGAGGUGGUGCAAGAUGGCCGCAGAAACCUCCGAAUUUGAUCAACUUCAGAUCACACAGGUGGCGGUGACUUGUUGGAGACCCGUGCGGCCUCAGUGGCGCCCAAGGUGGUUUGGUCGCUCACAUUCUUGGCAUGUGGUGAUUCCUUGAGCCACUGCCUGACGCUGGACAUGCCCUGGAAUCCUUUGGAUCUCCGAGGAGCAAGCCUGAAGAAACGCACUGCGCGAAUUGGUGACUUUGGUAAGCAGCAGCAAUGGGAGAUGGCUGUCCAAGUCAUGCAAGAUUUGCGAAGUGAGUUAUUGCAACCAAGUACUUUCACCUACAGCUCGCUGGCCACCGCCUUCGUCAGAAGUGCACAGUGGGAAAGACCUCUCGAACUGCUUGGAGAGAUGCACAGAGAGAAAGUUCGGCCAGAUAUUCACUUCUUCAGCACACUCAUUUCGGCCUGUGGGGUUGGGCAGGAUUGGAUGGCAUCGUUGGCCCUUUUUUCCGACCUGAAGGCCAGGAGUCUUCAACCAAGUCUGGUGGGCUACAAUGCGACCUUGAACGCUUGCUCCAAAGGAUAUGAGUGGGAGGCAGCAGUUCAUUUGCUUAGCAACAUGCCGUGUCAAAAGAUUCGACCCGAUCGGAUGACACUCACAAUUUGCAUCACAGCCCUUGGCAAAUCGUCGCUGUGGCAAGAAUCGCUACGGCUGUUUGAGCAGAUGCAGCUGGGAAUGACUGCUGACUUGGUGAGCAUGAGCUCAGUGAUCAAUGCAUGUGGCAAUGGUAUGAACUGGCAACUGUCCCUGAUCCUCUUGGACGAUUUGAAGAUCUAUGACCUCCGCCCUAAUGUGACAACAUAUGGAGCUGCUAUUGCAGCUUGUGAGAGUGGCAGCGCAUGGUCAAGAGCAGUGGAACUGUUGGGGCGAAUGCAGAGAGAUCAAUGCACUCCCAACGCGAUAGUUAUAGGGGCGGCCCUAGCCGCGUGUCAGACCAGCAUGCAAGUGAGCCAGGCGGCAAAGCUGAUGCAGAAAUUUAGGCUAUCUCCAACGACCAAACUUUCAGGCAGAAGCUUCGCGGACAGCUUGGAAGGUGGGUGUUUGCAGCAGGGAACAGAUCUAGAGUAACUUCAAGACUUCAAGAGCACUCCCAAACCUGAACUCGUCGGUAGUUUUACUGUACAUGAAUGUUGGGCUGCACUGAUCUCGGAAGCAGCUUGCUGUUGUGCACUUUUCUUGGCUUUACACCAUUUCGGUUUGUUGGAGUUGGUGUUAUGCCCCUCCGCCCGGGUCCGGCGCCCCCAACUUCAAGUGAUUGGGCUGCAGUCUGCCGAAUGCAGAGAGGCUCCCCCUCAUCUGCCGAAUGGUGCAAAUGGAUGCGCAUGGUUACAGUGCAGCCUACAGUGCAGGGGCGGCAAGCCGGUCAGUCGCAGCCCUGGUUCGAAUCAUCGAAGGUGUGCAUAUGCAGGUUGCGAUAUUACGUGAUAUGAUAUGAUCAUAUGUAAUAUUCAGAGCCAGUUCUUCUCAAACCAAUUUAAACCAAUGUAUCCACUUCAACCAUGCUUGCCAAGUCUAGCAUAUUGCUUUGGCACCGUUGUCCACAGACAAGCUGACUGUCAAUUAAACAGCGCCGCGAUCCCGUUUUAUGAACACAGUGAACCGCGCUUCACCGCCAGGCUGGCACAUCAAAACUGCCUGCCUACAUGUCGCACGGAAGCUAGACACGCGAAGCCCUGUGCUUGCGAUUGGAAGCCGGCGAAGAGAAACAAGGCCCAAGGCCUCACAAUGAGGUGGAUUUUAACUGCAUCAACCUGAAGCUGCAGCAAUCUCCCAAUCCUCUCUCCAUCAGCUAUUGGAAGUCGCGUACCCCAGAUGGAAAAGUGGCGUCGUUAUCACCAAAGCCGGAGGAUCUGAAUCCUCCAUGCGAAGAGACUCGUGGCGGUUAAGGUAAGUGCAGUAGGUCCUUUUUAUGCCUUAUUUUUAGUAGUUUAAUUCUUUCUUUUAAAAGUAUGUGUGUGUGUGUGCCCCUUGUAGUCACAGGGAUUCAGUUGAAUUGUUUCUUCAGCAGGGG